UGCGGCGCUGCGGACGGGCCGGGCGGUAACGGCGCGGCGACCCCGCUCCCCUGCGUCUCCCCGCCGGCGCCCAUGGCGCUGCUCCGACGCCCCUCGGUAGCUACAGAUUUGGACAGCAUUGACACAGGAGUCAGUUCUAAAGUCAAGAACCAUGUGACCAUCAGGCGAGCAGUUUUGGAAGAAAUUGGAAAUAGAGUUACAACCAAAGGCGCACAAGUAGCUAAGAAAGCUCAGAACACUAAAGUUCCUGUUCAGACCUCCAAAGUAGCACAUGGCAGCAAGCAAGUGAAGCCCACGGCCUCUGUGAAACCAAUCCAGAUGGAGAAGCUGGCUCCGAAGCAGGCUCCCCCUGCGCCCCAAGACGUCUGCAUGAAGGAGGACACGCUGUGCCAGGCGUUCUCGGAUGCCUUGCUCUGCAAGGUCCAGGACAUCGACGCGGAGGACAGGGAGAACCCGCAGCUCUGCAGCGACUACGCAAAGGACAUCUACCAGUACCUGCGGCAGCUGGAGGCCCUGCAGUGCAUCAGCCCGCGCUUCCUGGACGGCAGGGACAUCAACGGGCGCAUGCGGGCCAUCCUGGUGGACUGGCUGGUGCAGGUGCACUCCAAGUUCCGGUUGCUGCAGGAGACGCUCUACAUGUGCGUGGCCCUCAUGGACCGCUUCCUGCAGGUGCAGCCCGUCUCCCGAAAGAAGCUCCAGCUGGUCGGCAUCACAGCGCUGCUCCUGGCUUCAAAGUAUGAGGAGAUGUUUUCCCCCAGUAUCGAGGACUUUGUCUACAUCACAGACAACGCCUAUACCAGCUCUCAGAUCCGAGAAAUGGAAACUCUGAUUCUGAAGGAGCUGAAGUUUGAGCUGGGUCGGCCUUUGCCGCUGCAUUUCUUGAGGCGGGCAUCGAAGGCUGGAGAGGUGGACAUCCAGCAGCACACGCUGGCCAAGUACCUGAUGGAGCUGACGCUCACUGACUACGACAUGGUGCACUACCAUCCAUCCCAGGUGGCGGCAGCCGCUUCUUGCCUGUCCCAGAAGGUUCUAGGCCAAGGAAAGUGGAACAUGAAGCAACGGCACUACACGGGCUACUCAGAGAACGAGGUUCUGGAUGUCAUGCAGCACAUGGCCAAGAACGUCGUGAAAGUCAACGAGAACCUCACUAAGUUCCUCGCCGUCAAGAAUAAGUAUGCAAGCAACAGGCUCCUGAGAAUCAGCACACUUGCACAGCUCAACUCCAAAGCCAUCCAAGAACUCGCCUCCCCUCUUCUGGGUCGCCCCUAGGCCAUGCCUGUCUGUCCGGGCCUUUCUGGAGUGGACUCCUGACUGUAUGUCUAGUCUUCUGGUCCUGUCUCACACCUAUUUUCUAAA